AGCGCGGGGCUGCCUCCGCCGGCGUCGCGCGCGCUGUGUGUGAGCGGGGCCGCGCGCGCGCCCACGACAGGCGAGCGAGGGGUGAGGGCGCGAGCAGCGGCCGGGUGUGAGUGCGUGUGGGUGGGUGUGUGUGGGAGUGGGGGUGAGGGAGAGCCAGCCCGACCGCGAGGCUGUGAGAAGGCGGGCGAGUGUGCGUCGGCGCCCGGCCUGGCUGCGGGAGCCGCGGGGGCGGAGGAGAAAGGAGGCGGCUCCCGGCAUCCCGACCCCUCCCCCCUCUCCGUCUCGGACUUCCAGCCCGCCCGGCAGCCCGCGCUGCCCUCGGAGGCCCCAGCCCGGCUCCGCUGGCCGGGAGCGAGGGAGGAGCCGCCUGAGCCAGAAAGAGUUUACAUUCAGGAGGAAAUAAUCCAGGAAAAGGAAGAACAAGCAGAUCAAGAUGUGUAGCUCUGUGGCUGCCAAGUUGUGGUUUUUGACAGAUCGUCGAAUCAGGGAAGACUAUCCCCAAAAAGAAAUCUUACGAGCAUUAAAGGCCAAAUGUUGUGAGGAGGAACUGGAUUUUAGGGCUGUGGUUAUGGAUGAGGUGGUGCUGACAAUCGAACAAGGAAACCUGGGUCUACGGAUCAAUGGAGAACUAAUUACUGCCUACCCCCAGGUGGUGGUAGUGAGAGUACCAACUCCUUGGGUGCAGAGUGAUAGUGACAUCACUGUUUUGCGCCAUCUAGAGAAGAUGGGAUGCCGGUUGAUGAACCGACCUCAAGCCAUCCUGAACUGCGUUAAUAAGUUCUGGACGUUUCAAGAGUUGGCUGGCCAUGGUGUUCCUCUGCCAGAUACUUUCUCUUAUGGUGGUCAUGAAAAUUUUGCUAAAAUGAUUGAUGAAGCAGAAGUAUUGGAGUUCCCAAUGGUAGUGAAGAAUACACGGGGUCAUAGAGGCAAAGCUGUUUUCUUGGCUCGAGAUAAGCACCAUUUGGCUGAUCUAAGCCAUCUUAUUCGCCAUGAAGCUCCAUACCUGUUCCAGAAGUAUAUUAAAGAGUCUCAUGGACGGGAUGUACGUGUCAUUGUCGUGGGAGGCCGUGUAGUUGGCACCAUGUUACGUUGUUCAACAGACGGGAGGAUGCAAAGCAACUGCUCGCUAGGUGGCGUGGGGAUGAUGUGCUCAUUGAGUGAACAGGGGAAGCAGCUAGCUAUCCAGGUGUCUAAUAUCCUGGGGAUGGAUGUGUGUGGCAUUGACCUGUUGAUGAAAGAUGACGGCUCCUUCUGUGUCUGCGAGGCCAAUGCAAAUGUAGGUUUCAUCGCCUUUGAUAAGGCUUGUAAUCUAGAUGUAGCUGGUAUCAUAGCGGACUAUGCCGCCUCCCUUCUGCCCUCUGGCCGGCUCACCCGGCGUAUGUCCCUGCUCUCCGUGGUGUCCACAGCCAGUGAGACUAGUGAGCCGGAGCUGGGUCCCCCAGCCAGCGCUGCUGUCGACAACAUGAGCGCAAGUUCCAGCUCUGUCGACAGCGACCCUGAAAGCACGGAGCGAGAGCUGCUCACCAAGCUCCCAGGGGGCCUGUUCAACAUGAACCAGCUGCUAGCCAAUGAAAUCAAACUCCUGGUGGAGUGACUCCACCAGUAAAUAAUUAACCAACAAAACCCUUGUAAAACUUUCUUUUUCUUCUUUCUUUUUUUCUUUUUUUUUUUAAACCAACUUGCAAUGCUGUUCAUGGAAGAUGCUCAGGAAGAUGAGAAAAUUGAGUAGGAUUAGUUAGGAGAGAAGAAGAGGGAGAUAGCCUAGACCUCUGCUAUUAAGAUAUUACUUUCAUUUACAAAUCCUAUAGAUAAAGAGACAGAAGAGGGGAGAUACAGAAACUUGUCAGGCUCUUGUAGUUACCCUUUUAAAUUACUCAAAAAUGUAUAUGCUCUCAGGCCAUGAAGAACCUACAAGAUUUUUUUCAUGGUCUCUUUUGUUUUUGUACAGUUGGUAUAAAUUUCAUAGUAGCAUAACUUCACAUUGUGUUGCAAAGAUUUGUAAUGGGUGAGGGAAACAUCUACCUAAAGUACAUCAAUUUUUUAACACAAAUCUGAAAAUCCUGCCUUUACCAUAUUGGCUAGCAGCUUUAUGUUCAUAGUUUAUGAAAUCUUGAGGGAUUUAUUUGUUUUUUCCCUUAAUUUGGGUGGGAGGGAUACUUGAAUAUGACUCAAUAAAGCUUUUUAAUGACAAAAUUGGCAUGUUUGCAUGAUAAGGGAAAUGAACAGUAUUGCAAUGUCUGGUACACAAAAUAACAUUUAUUCCAAUGUAGAUAAAAUUACACUAGUUUGAAAUAUGUGCAUUGACUUGUAUUUGUUAGUGUUUUAGUCUUUUUUGAAAGAUAUAUGCUCUGUUAAUGUUGCAUUUUUUUUUAAUACAUGCUAGUCUAACAUUCCCUGAUCUAUGCCUGCAUCUUUAACCAUGGCCAAAGUGAAGAAAAUGCUACCUUUUUUGUUAACAAGACACUGACUUGAAACAUGUGCAUUUAAAGCCUUUUUUUUUUUCCUUUUUUCUUUUGGUGGUUGGGCAUUUAAAGAAUAAGGACAAGGACAAAUAUUUUGGGGGGGUCGAAUCAAGGGCCUAUAAGUUCUUAAGUAUAAAGCUGAAGUGAUUUCUAAUACCAGUGUUAUAUAUUUGCAUUUUUCACAUUUUAGGAGAGAAUAUAAGUGUGUGUGUGUGUGCACGCAUG